AUUUCUCCUGUUUUUUCAUAGUGCUGCAAACGAAAGUUGCGAGUUUUACAAAUUCUCCGAUAUUUCUCGUUUGAAAUCUUUUGUUUAGCAGAUUUUGUGGUACUUUGUGAUAAUCGAUUGAGAUUUUCUUAUAAUUUUUGUGAAUGGAGGCGAACGAGUUCACGGAUUUUGAUCGUCUAUCGUGUUGAAUCCAUCGAAGGAAUUUCAAGCUUUCGAAAUCUGCUGUUUGAUUACAGUCAAAUUGUAACCCUGCUGUUUGAAAAUCUGUCAAGUUUUUUUGAAUUUCUUUCGAUAUUUAAGAAGAGAUGGAUUGUUGGCUGAUGGGAUUUAAGGGAACUCCGAUAGCAACACGAGCUGGUUUGCGAACAAAGCAGGCAGGACGAAGCUCGUAUAUACAGACGUAAUUAGGGGAUGGUAGAGUGUUGAUUUGUUUGUAUUGUUUUCUUGUGUAAUUGUGUGAAGCUUUAUUACCUAGCUCGAAUACAGAUAUGGAGAGUACUACGGUAAGGCAACUAUUGAGGAGUAUUUGCCUUAAUUUGCAGUGGGAAUAUGCAGUCUUUUGGCUGUUUAAACACCAGAACAGUAUGUUCUUAGCCUGGGAGGAUGGGUAUUGUGAGUAUCCAAAUACAAGAGCUUCAGCUAAGUCUAAGUCCAGAAAUGUUGGCUUCGGCCAGGAAGCAUGGAUUGCUUCUUCUUCUUCUUCUUGCUGUGAAGUCAGUAUAGAUAGUAGAAGUGGUGAAGGAUAUACAGUUGGAGCAGCAGUAGCGAGUAUGGCUUGUCUCAUGUACUCGUUAGGCGAGGGGAUUGUUGGGAGAGUGGCAUCUACAGAAAAUCAUUGCUGGGUUUUCUCAGAUGAGUUCGACGAAACCGAGUUUCCGGAAGAAUGGCAACUCCAGUUCGCAGUAGGUUUAAAGACAAUUUUGCUUGUACCUGUAGCUCCACUUGGGGUUGUGCAGCUUGGCUCACUAGAAAAGGUCAGAAAAGAUAUGAAGGUAGUAACAGAUAUCAAAAAUAUGUUCACCACCCUUCAUCUCGUUACAGAGACGUGUAUGCCUUCAAUAUUGAGUAAGGAUCUCCAAGGUCAAUCAACAUUCUCACUGAGGUCUGACGUGAAGAAAAUUGAACCCUCAGAUUUUACCACUGACUUUAUAGAUCCAAUCCCGUCUUCAGUAAUGGUGAAAAGAGAUCACACAAUUAAUUAUGUUCAAAUAUCAGAGGACAGUUUGUCAAUCGUAAAUUCUGACAUUAGAUCACAGCUCACUGAACAAGAUAGCUUUCUCACCAACACAAACGAUGCUGGUAUGAGCGGCACUGAGGCUGGUGAUUUAUCCCCGGAUCCCUCUACAGAAUCAUUUUCACAGAGCCAGUCUUCAUAUGUCAGCCAUUUGCAGUUGAGUGAUAUAUCAAGCUUCCUUCUUCAAGAGGAAGUAUCAGUAUCUUCUCCAAGUAAUCUCACCAGUCUUGGAUUUGAUUUUGACACUGACAUGUUUAUAAAUCUGUGGUCUUCCAAUGAAUUGAUAGAUCCACCCUUUAGUGAGGAAAUAUAUAAUGAUUAUGAAAGUGAAUGUGGCCUUUUAACCUUUCCCACUGAUUAUGAGCUAACUAGUGCCUUUGGUCCACCUAUUGAAGAAUGGUGCAAUGAAUAUGCGACCAAGGGCAGUAUUGUUAGUGAAGGUGUAUGUAGUGUCUCCAGUUUGAUCUGCCAUCCAAAUUAUAUUGGGGGUUUGGAAUCGCCCAUCAGGAAAUUUGAUGAAUUCUCCAACGAGCUAAUCACCGAAGAAGAUCUUUUGGAUGCAGUAGUUGCCAGUGCAGUGACAUUCUCAAGUGGUGCUGCAUCUGGUAGACUUAACAGUGUUAGAUCCUCAACUGCUUCAUGUGGACUGUUGAGUCCUUCUCGCCAAACCCAGAGUCAACCUCAACCUAAUCACUUGGUAGGUGAUUCAGGUCAGUGGGGUUAUGGAAUGACUGCAUUUGCUGACGAACAAAAAGUUCCUGAAAGUUGUGUAUCUGAAUACUCAUUGAAGAGUGUAGUUACCGUACAGGUCGAUGAAAUGCAGAAGAAAAGAAUACAGUCCAAGAGGGGGAGCAAACAAUCUGCUAUUGGGAAAAGGAAGUCCAAGGUUGCGGAUAUUCAAAAGCAAAGGCCAAGGGACAGACAGAUGAUCCAAGAUCGUGUGAGAGAGCUGCGAGAACUUGUUCCAAAUGGUGCAAAGUGCAGUAUUGAUUCUUUGUUAGAUCGAACCGCAAAGCACAUGCUUUACUUAAGAAAUGCUACCAGCCAAGCUAAGAAGGUGAAGCAACAUGUGAAGCGCAAGGUUAUAGGCAGGAAGGACUCGAGAUCAUCUGAAACACCAAGUCACCAUAAUGGCAGAGACUGGAGUGUCUGCCCUGUCAUUAUUGAAGACCUUGAUCACCCACGGCAGAUGCUCAUAGAGGUGCUAUGUGAAGAUCAUAAGCUUUUCCUGGAAAUUGCCCAGGUGCUCCGGGAUUUGGGCCUCACCAUCUUAAAAGGGGUAACGGAGGCACGCUCCAACAAGAUAUUGGCCCACUUUGUUGUUGAGGUUUCAACUGGCUUCAAUAGGAUGGAUAUAUUCUGGCCCUUGAUGAACUUAUUGAAGCUGUGCAAUCCGGUUCCUACCAUUUUCUGAGACUCUGUAUUAGUCCUGGAGUUCAGGAGAUUAUGGUAUUGGAGUUUUCAUUAUUAGGGAAUCUUUUUAGUAGAAGAACCUAGAUGUAGACCUUGGGUUAUAUUUUUGAUCAUAUCAAGUAAAACUUCAUUAUAGAUUGCAAUGAAUUUAUAUGUGAAUCAUAUGAUGCGUAUAGAACUGUAAUACAUACUGGUACAAUGGAUUUAUGUUGUUCUAUGGGUAUAUAUCUUGGAAGCUAGUUUUAUUUUCAUCAAAAGGGUGGUGAAGAAGUUCGGUGAGGUUGAGACUUGAUGACAAACUUUUCGCUGAAAUCAUAUCUACAGAUGUCUGGAUAGUAUUCAACUUUUUGCUCUCCUUCCAGGCAACUGCCAGGUCCUGCAUCUCCUGCAAGUUGGAAUUUCUGCAUGCAAGAUAGUUGGAGGUUUUGAUGAAGUAAUUCUGAUAAGUGCUGUUUUCCGUCACACCAUUACAAAGUUGAUUGUUCUGGAUUUUCAUGGUCAGAACCUCGUAGACUCAUGGUUGCCAUCAUCGAUUACCACCUUUUCCUUUAUUGAUAAAGGUAAUCUGUAUGAUUGAGCUGUGUUGCUAUUUUUGGCUGUAAGCUUGAUUAUUUCCAUUUUACUGUGUUGCAGAGCAAUCAAGUUACCACCACAGCUGGAUUUUCCUUGGCUGUUAUAACAAGGUUCAGAAGUAUCCUUCAGCCUUUUAGUAUCACUCAAGACUUCAUACUGGACGAGAACUGCCAAAUCUUUGGAGAACUUAUGUAUGGACGCACUGAAUAGCAAGUACUUUUUCUUGUGAAUUGUAAUACUUAAUAGGGAAAUCUUGGAAAACAAUAACUAGCAUUGUUCUUAAGUGUUCAAGAUAUGAUUUUUCAAUGGAAAUAGGAGAAGAGUUAUUAAAGUGUCCCCGACAGGACAGGUGGUUUCUUUGGAGAGUCUGAACUCAAGUAAGAUGUUACUACAACAAUAAUAGCUGUUUGUAAAUCAUCUUAUCAGCGUGACAACUGACAUCCGCAGAGAACCCUAGCUUCAGAAGUGGCUGCCUAAAGAGUUUCCCUUUUAACUCCAUUUCUAGUUACCUUGUUGCUCUCUCCGUAGAGUGCUCAUUGGUCUUAUGCACUCCUCUUUUCUGCUAAAUUUUUUUUUGUUGUUCUGGAGGUUUAGCUGUAUUCCCCUCCUUUGGCGCCUUUUUUUUCGUCGGGCUGCUUAAAAAUAAAAAACAAAACCUUUUGAUAGUAA